AUGCGCUCCGUUGCGCGGGCCCUUGUUGCGUCUUUUUUUGCCUUGCGUUCCGUAAAUGGUUUUUGGGACCAUGACGGAGAAUCUACUUCUCAAGCCACCCCAACCGGCGCCGGCAAUUCGCCCCGUGUAUUGCAGUCCGACACCAGUACCACCUCCUCAGAUGUAUCGCCUUCUGCCGCCUGCUCGGGAACGCUUUUCUACUCCGGGUAUCUCCCACAGCUCAUAUACACGACCGUAACGAGCACCUCAACCAUCACUGGCUUCCAGCCCAUGCGUAUGCUGGAGCCAAUAUACAUUACGCCACUUCCGCCCUGCGCUUCGUACGACUGUAGUUUAGGGUUUCGCCAUGAAGACUCGUGUCGCCAGCUGUCGCUGCCCGUCUUUGCUCCCCUAAAUUCGCUGAUCUCGGUGACCAAAAAGACUACAAUCUACCAAGCACCUGUCUCAGUCACUCCUCCAGUCUUCUCUGGCCUAGGACAAGUCAAAAACACUAGGCUACCUACGGAAACGAUCACAGUCCCCAGUGCGCCAGAGUUUGCACACUGGAUUGAAAGUGCUAUUUUUGGCCAGAUUAAUCUAUCCAGUUCGCAUAGCGACUCAAACGGCCCUGCCCCUGAGCCCACGCGACGUCCCGAUCAAAACGACGAAACCAGACUACAGGGCCAUCCCACCGAUUCCGGAGGAGAAGGCCCGCAACUUGAGCCCGCCUCCACCACAGUACUUACACUGGCAGGCAUUCCAGUCACUAUUCGUGGGGGCCAGGUUACAAGCAUCGUUUAUGGCGACCCUCCCAUGACACAGGCAAUCAGUGGCCAAGCAACUCUUACCCUCACCGCGGCGAAUUCAGGUCGCACGGUUGAGUUUAUAGUCAGCCCGUCAGCAAUCAUUCAUGGCGGAGACAGCUUUCCUUUGAACCUGCCCGUACCGGCGACAAUAGCCACGGCAACGCGCGCAAUUAGCGAUGGCUCACAGACACAUCGAGUGUCAUCGCCGGAAGCCACCUCCGUCGAGCGCGAUCAAACCAGUACAGGCAGUAUUCGCGGCAGUGGAAUCGCAGAAACUGGCGGUGCAUCUCGCACUUCCUCCGUUCCUGGCAUGAAAAACUCCGCCACGAGUUCCAACAUUCCGGUCUUAUUAUGUGUUUUGGUCUUCGCGCCCUUGGCCAGUGUUCUUACACUGACAUGA